UAACUUAUAGCAAAAAUCACACAUAAAUAUAGAGAAAAAAUAAUGAAAGACAAUCCUUCCUCAAAUGUCUUAUUACGAGUGAGAUGUAUUUUGUUUUCUUCUCUACACUACUGACUCAAGGUGUUUAUCUAUACAUUUGUUUCGAGAUCUAUCAUGUUAUUUUUGUCUUUAUACCCUUUGUUUUUAUCCUUCUAAAAUAGAAUGUACAAGAACAUACACAUGUAACCUCUUCAUCAAUUCACAAUCCGCAAUUAUUGCAUUCCAAUUUGAGUUGGCAAUAUCUCGUGUUCUUCGCUCACCGUCUUCCUUAUUCUUCCAUCGAUCAAUCUUAUGAAUCAUUCAAUAUAAAUCUAACAUUAAACUAAUCAAAAUUCUUUUUUUCCUCUGUUUCUUAAAUCCAUCGUUUUCAUUAUUAUCAUAUAAAAAUAACACACCCUUUUGAAUUUCUUCAUAGCCCAUUUCAAAUUCUUCAAAAACAAUCACAAAAAUCAAACAAAGAUUCAUUUUUUUUUUUUUUUUUUUUUAUCUUUCUUCCAUGUUGUCAAAAUUUUCAAAAUGUUUCAGUUUUGCCGCUUCAAGAGACUGGUUAUACCGCCACUCAUUCAUGGUCGCCGGUCUCCGGUCGGUGGUGACGGAUCUCGGCGAUGGAACCACCAUGCAUUGUUGGAUACCAAAAUUACAUAACCCAUGUAAACCAUCACUUGUUCUUGUUCAUGGUUUUGGCGCCAAUGCAAUGUGGCAAUAUGGUGAAUAUCUUCGUCAUUUCAUUACACACUUCAAUUUGUAUGUUCCUGAUCUUCUUUUCUUUGGUGGAUCUUUUACUUCAAGGCCAGAGAGGACUGAAUCUUUUCAAGCUUUGUGUUUGAUGAAGCUUAUGGAAGCUCAUGGUGUUAAUAGAUUGAGCUUGGUUGGGAUAAGCUAUGGUGGAUUUGUGGGGUAUAGUUUGGCUGCUCAGUUUCCUGAGGUGAUUGAGAAGUUGGUUUUGUGUUGUGCUGGUGUUUGUUUGGAGGAAAUUGAUAUGAAAAAUGGGUUGUUUAAGGUUUCUAGUUUGGAGGAAGCUUCUAGUAUUUUGUUACCUCAAACUCCUGAUAAGCUUAGGGAAUUGAUGAGGUUGUCUUUUGUUAGGCCUGCUAGGGUUGUUCCUUCUUGGUUCCUUGAAGAUUUCAUUCAUGUAAUGUGCACAGAUCACAUUGAGCAGAAGAGAGAGUUGCUUGAGGCAAUACUAAAAGAUAGACAACUUUCCAGCCUUCCAAAAAUCAAUAAGCCUACUCUAAUCAUGUGGGGAGAGCAAGAUCAGGUAUUCCCUCUGGAAUUAGGCUACAGAUUAAAAAGGCAUAUAGGUGAAAAUACUCAAAUGGUGAUUAUCAAGAAUGCAGGACAUGCAUUGAACAUUGAAAAGCCUAAAGAGUUUGCUAGGCACUUGAAAUCAUUCCUCAUCAAUGAAGAUUCGCGCCCUUCCUCACCACCUUCUUUGAAAGAGCAAAUCCAGAAGACAUUUUCGUUCGAUUUCAUUAGGUAUUGGUCAGGCUGGGGUGCUUUGGCAUGGGGUGUUGCUCUAUUAUUAUUGGAGCGAAUAUUCGAAACCAAAUUGUUUGUAAUGCUUCUCAUCAUCUUUCUUCUAAAUUUCUCUCUAUGUUUCCUCUUUCUAAAUAGUACUUAGAAUGAGCCAGAUAAUAGUAUCUAUAAUUCGAUGCAAUGGUGAAGUUCUUUCAAUUUUCAAUCCUCGGUUAGGAGUUAAAGAUCAUCUCCAUUUUUAUAAAUAUGUUUGUUACUAUAGUUUUGAGGUAUAUAAAGGAUAUAAAUAAAGAGACUUUUAAAAUUGGAGACAUCAAUAGAAGACAAAACACUACUCUUUAAAAGGUUUAACCUUGAUGUAUUUUCAAGGUUCGAAUUUUAGACCACUAAUUAAGUUGGAGUAGAUGUGCCGAAUCUCUGAAUGAUUUUAGGGUUCUAUUUUUAUGUAAGUAGUUAAUUGGUGGCUCAACUGAAUUAAAAUGAUGAUUCGCCACCUUGUGUUGGUUACUUUCGUGCACUUUGUCUUUAUUUUUUGUUCGUGUUCUCUUCAAGUAUGGUUCUUCUCUUUGAUUCAUUAGGUGAAUUUGUCUCUUGAGUUUAUUUGUUCCUAAAAUAAACAUGGAAGGGAAAUAUUUGAUGUCACGAAACUGAACAUCACGACAAUCUCCCGAAUGAUGUGUUACAACUUACCAAUGUGUAUCUCAUAUCCAUUACUCUUUUUUGUGCUUCUCUCUACAAUCGAAACAGUUUCUCCUGUCUCUUACCCGCUGUGGUAGCCCAUUGUGGCCCUCUUUGCUAUCAAUCCAGUGAAUUCUCAUUGUCGCGAAGCAUUAACUCAAUCACCACGAUGUCUUGUGGCCGAAUAUUUCAGAAGGUCUCUUCCAACAAAAUCCCCGAGAUUUUCCCAAUGAAAUUCAAUGAAGGUGGGUGCAAAAUUGUUUCCUAUGAAUGUUUUAUGUGGUAGUUAUUGUUUUCUUAUGUAUGACUACUUCAUAACUUGUGAUUUAUGACAAAUAUUCUAUACUUUUGCAUGAAUAUUCGUGGUAGUUACUAGUUAGUUUGUUUGGGAUUCGAUACGAUAGAUGUUUUAUGUGAUAGGUAUUUUAUUAGUUGUGUCAUUUCUUUGUUUUGGUGUGUGUGAAAAAUGAGAGUAGCUUUGUUGCACAUAUUAAUGUUAAUGUUUGGUCUGAGCUCAAUUUUGGUAGCCCAUGUAGCCAGUCGGCUAACCCUAUUGAACCCAUUCAUACGUGUUGGACCAACUCAUUUGACAGCUUUAACCAAUUGAUAGUUGAUACUCUGACGAAUAAUAUGAUUUAUAUCGCGCCUCACAAUGCUUCUCAUACAAGAAGAUUCUUGUAUCCAUUCAGAAGG